AAACACAAAUCAGAGGAGAAGUUAUUAUCAAAUACAUAUUCCAAUGGCAGUACAAACAACAAAAAAGGAGUGUACACUGUCAACAUCAUAUAUAGUACAAUAUUGAGCUCCUCAAUAUCCACAGCUCCUCUUAACAAUUCAAAUAAAGAUCAAAAAUUGCCAUUAUUAAGCAAAAGAAAAAAUCCCACUAAAACGAAAAAAACCUUAACCAGCCUGUGAACGCCCCCAUCGCGGGACCGGAUUGGCAGUCGCCAGCUCUUGGCCCAUCCUGAUUGGUCUACGUCUGAUGUCAAUCGGAAAGUGCGGCCGCCGGAGGUGGGUGGAGUCCCGGGUUGCAGCCGGGCCCGGCGGCCGUUCAGCGUACAAUGCGGGCCGGCUGUGUGUGUCUGCUGGCCGGCCUCCCGGCUGCCGGGAAAACCACGCUCGCUCGCCUUCUGCCGAAGCUCCUGCAGCCGAGGUCCGAGUCGAUCGUGUUGUGCUACGAUGAUGUGAUUCCCGGGGAAGCUUUCCUGGCUACCACAGAGGCGGGCAGUGACAGCUCCACCGGAACGAGCUCAUUUUGGAAAUUGUACAGACAUAAACUACUGGUAUAUAUUGAAUGCUUAAUUCAAGCUAUUAAUGGGAAUGGCCACCUUUGUCUUUCUGGCAAUGAGCAUGAUUUAAUGUGGGAAUGCUUCAUACAGUCACUGAAGCAACAGCAAAUUAUCUCUGGAGAAACCCAGCAUGGAGUUCAGCAGUACACGAUUUGCAUCAAACAUUCAAAGCCCUUGGUUAUAAUUUUGGAUGACAACUUCUACUAUCAGAGCAUGAGAUAUGAAGUGUACCAGAUGGUGAGGCGAAAUUCCAUAGGCUUCUUGCAGCUGUUUCUGGACUGUCCGGUUGAACUAUGCCUGAAGAGAAAUCACGAGCGAGGUUCUUUAGUAAAUGAUGAAACAAUAGUCCUAAUGUCAGCAAAAAUCCAACUGCCAGACCCUGAGAAGAAUUCAUGGGAAAAGAACAGUAUUAUACUGAAAAAUUCAAAAAAUAUAAUGGAAGAUGAAAUGCAAAAGCUAUUUGAACUGCUUGAUAGUUCGUUAGAAAAUCCAGAGAAGCCAUUAGAAGAAAAUAUUGAACAAAAGGAGAGAGAUCGUGCCAUUUGUGCAGCUAAUGUUCUUCAUCAAGUAGAUCAAGCCUUCCGUCGUUUAGUAUCUCAAACCAUGAAAACUGCAAAAGCUAAGAACCUAACUAAGUGUAAUUUGAAGUUGCUGUCUGAAGAACUGAACAAGCUUAAGACUGUGCUUUUGGAAGACCUCCGUCAUCUGAUCUCCAAGGGCAAUCCUAUAAAGCCUUGUGAUGUUGAUGGCAUUGUCCAAGUGUCUGCACAUGAAUUUGAUCAGAGAAAGGAAGAAAUUCUGAGAAAUUUUCUAAAAUCUCUGAGUUAAUAUGCUAUAGUACUCUCCAGUUUGUCUCAGUUCUCAGUCUGAAUUGGAAAAACACAAAUACUGGAGAACUGUACAGAAUUUGUAUCAUCUUGUUGCAUGUUGAGGUAUACAUGGCAAAAACAUGUAUAAUUGUUGUGCAAUUCAGAACAAAUAAAUCUGUUAAAAGAUUGCAAAUAAAUUAA